AUUAGGAAAUUACAGUGGUUACCCAACUCCUUCAGGAGGAGGAAGCACGGUUCCAAUUUUUGAUAGAGAAGAAGAAGGCGAUAAUGGCACUGGAUGGUAGCGGCAAUGGGGAUGACUUCGCAGUUGGGUCCUUCUUCUCCAUUAAGACGACCUUAGGCGAUGAAUUUCAAGGACAAGUCAUUACCUUUGACCGCCCCUCCAACAUCCUCGUCCUUCAGGAGGGUUCAAAGCCGGGACCUCAUAGGAAUAUAAGGCUUCUGAAGGCCAAUUAUAUAAAGGAGUUUACGUUUUUGGGACAUGGCGAAGAUCCUCUUGAUCUCAAAAAGUGUUACCUCGAUCUCAAUUCUCUCCGUGCUCGAGAGGAACUGGCCAUUAGGCAAGCAGAGGCAGAGGCGGAGAGGAUAGGAGUGGGUGUGACCAGCGAGGCCCAAAGUAUUUUUGACGCCUUAUCUAAAACGCUUCCCGUUCGUUGGGACAAGACUGUCAUAGUUGUAAUGAAUGAAGUACGUGUUAGCAGUCCCUACCUAGCAGAAUCCGUUACUGGAGGCACCCCCGCUGCAAAUGAGCGGGUGAAGAAAGUGCUUGAACUGGAAAGGAAGCGGUUGCAAGUUCGUGGCGGUGGGCAGUGAUGAUUAUUCAUCCCUAUCCUUCGUUACUGAGUGACGGGCAAAUUUGCCUGUACUGAGCCUUUUGCUGAUGGGGAAGGUAUAAUCUCUUUAGAGUCAUCUCAGUGUCAGCAAUCAUGAAGGGAUUUAGUGUUUAAGUGGUACCCAAUCUGUUGCCAAAAUUUUCUUUUUAUGUUUAUUGGACUUCUGGUUGUUGAUUUUCUCCUGCUUAUGGAUUGCACUGGACACACCCUGGCAAAGCUUUUUGGGAGUCCAUAUUUAAAGCUUUCCCAGAUUUGCUCUCCUGCAAUGUAUCAAAUUUGGAAUGGGCAAACUGGAUGUAAUAACUGUCCACCUCUUUUUCAAUCAUAAUGUGGAACAACUAAUCCUGAUGGUACUUGGAAA